AUGGAUCGUGAUAGAAGCCCCAAAAGGCGUAAACUUGAAGACAGCAGGUUCUCUACUCCUCAACCUGAUGACCUAGCUCCUUCACUAACACGACUCUCGAAGAUCAAGACCGAGUCAAAUGGUCACUAUGCCUCCUCGCGAUCGUCGACGCCACGAGGAAAGCGAUACGCUUCCACUCCUCGCCAAUCUGAGUUCGACGUAGCAGAACCAUUCAUCCAGGACGAGGACUCAACUGCUCUAGAUCGAGAUUGGUACCUGGGAGACGACUUCGGACACACCUUUGGCGAUGAGUCGCACAAUCCUUUUGGCGGUGCUGAUGUCUCUUGGCAAGACAAGCAGCGUGAGCAGGAUCUAGCCAACAAGAAGCUCGGCAAGCGUAUGACUGCCCGUGCUGCUCAAAAGCAAAGAGAGGUUGAUGCUUGGGAGACUAAUCGCAUGCUUACUUCUGGUGUCGCUCAAAGACGGGACCAUGGCGCCGACUUCGAAGAUGACGAUGAUUCGACUCGUGUACAUCUGUUGGUUCAUGAUCUCAAACCACCCUUCUUGGACGGAAAGACUGUUUUCACCAAGCAGCUGGAUCCUGUGCCUGCAGUCCGAGAUGCGCAGAGUGAUAUGGCAGUUUUUAGUAAGAAAGGCAGCAAAGUGGUCAAGGAAAAACGGCAACAGAAAGAAAGGCAGAAACAGGCACAAGAGGCUACAACUGUUGCUGGUACUACACUAGGCAAUAUCAUGGGCGUUCGUGAAGGCGACGGUGACAGUGUCGCUGCGAUACCUAAUGAAAACGGGAAGUCCAGCGACAGCAAGUUUGCUAGUCACCUCAAGAAAGAUGAGGGUGGUAGUGCUUUCAGCAGAACCAAGACUUUGAAAGAGCAGAGAGAAUAUUUGCCAGCCUUUGCAGUAAGAGAAGAACUUAUGCGUGUGAUCCGAGAUAACCAGGUCAUUAUUGUGGUUGGCCAGACUGGUUCGGGAAAAACUACACAAUUGACUCAGUUUCUGUACGAGGAAGGGUAUGCUAAGAAUGGCUUGAUUGGAUGUACACAACCUCGAAGAGUAGCAGCAAUGAGUGUGGCAAAGCGUGUCAGUGAGGAGAUGGAGGUGAAAUUAGGAGGUCUCGUUGGCUAUGCUAUCCGUUUCGAGGACUGCACUAGCAACGAGACCUCGAUUAAAUACAUGACCGAUGGUGUACUUCUUAGAGAGUCCUUGACUCAACGAGAUCUAGACAAAUACUCAUGCAUCAUUAUGGACGAAGCCCACGAACGUGCCCUCAAUACUGAUGUCCUGAUGGGCCUGAUCAAGAAAGUCAUUGCGCGCAGAAGAGAUCUGAAGCUUAUUGUGACCUCUGCAACGAUGAACUCUGAACGUUUUGCUCGUUUCUUUGGUGGUGCACCCGAGUUUGUGAUUCCAGGCCGCACGUUUCCUGUUGAUAUCCAAUACUCGAGGACGCCCUGUGAGGAUUAUGUGGAUAGUGCGGUCAAGCAAGUCCUUGCAAUCCACGUAUCGCAGACAGCGGGAGACAUACUCGUAUUCAUGACUGGACAGGAAGACAUCGAAGUGACUUGCGAACUGAUUGAAGAGCGCCUACAACAGCUCAACGAUCCUCCGAAGUUACUAGUAUUACCUAUCUACUCUCAAAUGCCUGCAGAUCUACAAGCGAAGAUCUUCGAUAGGGCUCCUCCAGGCGUCCGAAAAGUCGUUGUAGCUACCAAUAUCGCAGAAACCUCCCUUACAGUCGAUGGCAUCAUGUACGUUGUGGAUUCUGGCUUCUCGAAGCUCAAAGUCUAUAAUCCACGCAUGGGUAUGGACACUCUCCAGAUCACACCUAUCUCUCAAGCCAAUGCAUCGCAACGGGCUGGUCGAGCUGGUCGUACCGGGCCCGGCAAGGCUUAUCACCUUUAUACCGAGCAAGCUUUCAAGGACGAGUUCUAUAUUCAGACCAUACCCGAAAUACAACGUACCAAUCUCGCCAAUACCGUCCUCCUGCUGAAGUCGCUCGGUGUCAGAAACCUGCUUGACUUCGACUUUAUGGAUCCUCCACCUCAAGAUGUGAUCACCACGUCCCUCUUCGACCUUUGGGCUCUGGGAGCACUUAAUCAUGUCGGUGAUCUAACAGAGAUUGGUCGAAGCAUGACCCCGUUUCCAAUGGACCCGUCCCUAGCUAAGAUUCUGAUAACAUCCUGUGAUCCAGCAUACGAGUGCAGUGAGGAGGUCCUCACCAUCGUGAGCAUGCUUAGUGUACCUUCCGUCUUUUACCGCCCCAAAGAGCGUCAAGAAGAAUCGGAUGCAGCAAGAGAAAAGUUCUUCGUCCCGGAAUCAGACCACCUGACACUGUUGCAUGUUUACACACAAUGGAAGAGCAAUGGCUAUAGCGAUGGCUGGUGCGUGCGACACUUCUUACAUCCGAAGGCACUGAGAAGAGCAAAGGAGAUUCGAGAUCAAUUACAUGACAUUAUGGUUGGCCAGCAAAAGAUGACUUUGACGAGCUGUGGUACAGAUUGGGAUGUGGUCAGAAGGUGUAUCUGUGCUGGAUAUUACCACCAGGCCGCGAAGGUGAAAGGUAUAGGUGAGUACAUUAAUCUGCGCACAUCUGUUACUGUGCAACUGCAUCCCACGAGUGCUCUGUAUGGGCUAGGCUAUCUACCGGACUACGUCAUCUACCACGAACUCAUCCUCACCAGCAAGGAAUACAUGUCCUGUGUCACAAGUGUCGAUCCGUAUUGGCUGGCGGAUCUUGGUGGUGUCUUCUAUAGCUUGAAGAGCAAGGAGUACUCUACUAGGGAGAAGCGAGUGAUUGAAGGCGAAUUUAACAAGAGAAUGGAUAUUGAGCGUCAGAUGAAGUUGGAGGCUGAUGCAGAAGAGGCCAAGUUGAGAGAUGAAGAGGAGAAAGAACGUAUCUUGGCUGGGCGCGGAAAGAAGAUGAGCUCGGUGGUCAAGAAGAGUGGAAGCAACGGUGUUGUGAAGAAGCCGAUUGUUGGCAGACGGAGGCUUGGUGGGGGGUUUUAG